GGAGGAAAUUGAGGAGAAAAGUGCCUGGGAGGCAGCAGUUUUCGGAUGUCUGGCUAUCCACGUCAACAAGGACUUUUCGAUGUCUUAGGUUUCUACAUGAUUGGCAUAUCUAUGCACAUGCUGUACUGAAACAGAUUAGCGCUGUUUGUCGCGGUUGUGGCCAAUCCAUAAAUAAUGACUUCCUUAACACAGACCAGCUCAGGCCUUGUGCAAAGACGGACCGAGGCCUCUCGAAAUGCAGCCGCUGAUAAGGAACGAGAAAGGGGGAAAGACGACGAGUCUCGUCGUGAAGAGGAGGAGGACGAUGACAAGGGAGAUUCGAAGGAAACUAGACUGACAUUGAUGGAGGAGGUGUUGCUUCUGGGAUUAAAGGACAGAGAGGGCUACACAUCAUUCUGGAAUGACUGCAUUUCCUCCGGGCUUCGCGGGUGCAUGCUCAUCGAGCUCGCGCUCAGGGGAAGACUUCACCUGGAGCCCUGCGGCAUCCGGAGAAAAAGCCUGCUGUCAAGAAAGGUGCUGUGUAAAUCUGACGCCCCGACGGGGGAUAUGCUUCUGGACGAGGCCCUGAAACACAUCAAAGAGACCCAGCCCCCAGAAACAGUACAGAGUUGGAUUGAACUUCUCAGCGGCGAGACGUGGAACCCUCUGAAGCUGCACUUCCAGCUGCGCAACGUGCGCGAGCGUCUGGCCAAGAACCUGGUGGAGAAGGGCGUGCUCACCACUGAGAAGCAGAACUUCCUGCUCUUCGACAUGACCACGCACCCGCUGACCAACAGCACCAUCAAGCAGCGCCUGGUGCGCAAAGUCCAGGAGUGCGUGCUGGAGAAGUGGGUGAACGAGCCGCAGCGCUUCGACAGGCGACUGCUGGCGCUCAUCUUCCUGGCGCACUCGUCGGACGUGCUGGAGAACGCCUUCGCGCCGCUGCUGGACGAGCAGUACGACCUGGCCAUGAAGCGCGUGCGGCUGCUGCUGGACCUGGACCCCGAGGGAGAGGCCGCCAAGUCGGGCGCCAACGAGCUGCUCUGGGCCGUGGUGGCCGCCUUCACCAAAUGAGGCGUCGUAUGGGGUGUGGGGGAACGGGAGGGGUGGGUACAGGUGGGUACAGGGCCGCUGACCGCUUUGGUCGGGCCCAGGACAAAGUCAUCUGAAAGGGCCCCCCCUCAAACCCAAUACGUACAAUGUAAUGAGGACCCAAUUCUGGGGCCCCCACUCUCCCUUCACCAAAUGAGUUGUUGUUGGAGGGCUGGGCAGUGAUGGGCAUCCUGAGUUUCUAAUCUACAACCCAGUGCCACGUAUUCCAAAUGACCCGCUCUUACCUGACCUCAACAGGUAAAACUAGGUCAUUUGGAAUAUGUGGCACUGGGUUGUAGCUUCUUAAUUCAGGUUGGUCAUCAUUUUGGGUGGGGAUAUGAGGGUCCUUUGAGGUGGGGUUUGGGGGCGGGUGAAAGAGAAAAUGGACUUGUUUUUCUUUUCCUUUUAAAAAAAAAAAAAGUUUGCUUAUGAAGACAGGUUUGGAGAGACACAAAUAUGGCUGAGGAUGGGCCUCGUGGAGCUUUGUCACAUAGCUUCCAUGGACAUUUGGACCCUUGUGGCAUAAGGUGGAGGACAUGCCGAGAUGAAAAUGAUUAAUUAAAAAAACACAAAUAAUGAUGAUGACAACACUGACUGAUGAUCGGGGGAGUCAUUGGUUUAUUUAAUUUUUUUUCGGUUUCAGUCAAUCAUUAUUGUUUUCUGAUCUUUUUUUAUUUCAGCUCUUGGCCACAAAACGAGUGCAGUGGACUCCCUGUGAGGUUUUGCGUCAUUCAAGCGCUUCUUGUGAUUUCUACCUGUUUUUCUUUCCCUGGUGACACUUAAGCCACGAGUGUAACUCGGAAGAAAACGUAGAAGCCUUUUUCAGCGUGUGCAAUUGUCCAGGAUCAUCUUUCACCUGACAAAAAAAACCCCACAGGAAACAUAAAGACAUUGUCACUGAGGGUUUUUUUACGGACAAUUCAGACUUGAACUGAAGCCUGUUGUAUGUGUGCGUAAACCUAAAUAUAUAAGGGUCCAUUUCAAGCGAAUAGCUCCCGUCCUCUCCUUUUUCUGUUGUGGCCUUGUGUUUCAUUGACGCUCCCGCCUCCGUGGAGAAAACAUUGCAAAGAUCCUCCUAUAAGAGUAAGAUGCAUUGAGCCUGUACUUUUCCUGGAUCCUUGUGACGUCAAGUAAACGCCCCAUUAGGAGACCUUUGGAGACUUUAAGUUGAGGAAAAAAAUUGAGUUUCCUUAGCGGUGUGAAUGACUGUAGUGCACAUUUCGUGCAAAUCGUCACCAAAUGAGACAAGGACAGAGGGGACAAUGCCCCCUUAGGAGACCAAACUUGAGCACACUCCUUUUUAGGCGGGGUUUGGGGUAACUUACUCUUAACAGAUGAUUCUUUGAACAUUUCUUUCCUCGCAGUCUGUCAGCCUAGGCAGAGCAACUUGUAUCAUCAAUGUCAUCUCGUGUCACAAGGCCACAAGCAAAAGAAGAGGCCGGGAGAUACUAGAUUGAGUUGGACCCAAAGACUACAAAGAAUAUUGGCCUUCAGGCUCAUGGCCACGGAGAGAGAGGGUUUGACCCCUGGGGAGUAUACUAAGAAACUGGUUCAGUGGUAAACCAAGUUAAGUAAAUCUUGUGGUAGAGGUAAAUCACCUAAUAGAAGAGCCUGGAGUCCUGCUUUUCUUGACUUAAUGAUGCCUGCUGGUACAUCUGUUUGCAAGUUUACAACUUACUGUAGGUUAAGAAAGCCUGGUUUAUCACUUAAUCAUGUUCUUAGUAUACCCUCUGACCCUUAUUUUCCACCAGUGCUAAUGAUAGUAAUGGCUGCCACCUAUAUAGUACUCCACUAACUUGAAACUCACUUUUAAUUAGUAAAAGUUGAAAAAAGGUGUGGGUGGAUGUGGGGAGCAGCAAUUAAUAUUUUUUAAAAAUAAAAAAGUUAAUAUUAGGGUAUCAAGAGUAGUCGUGGUGGCAUGUUCGAACGGCAGCCAGAUUCUGAAUGCCUUUUUGUUCUUGGUAUCAGUGUCGAUUUGAGUUGUGUAGUAGUAUGACAGCACCAUGUGAAAUACAUUCCCCCCGUCUGCUGUGUAAGGCCAUGUCUUACCGCCAAGGAUUCAAUUGGGCAUGACAGUUUACAUGUGUUUUUUUUGUGGUCAUUGGCCAACACAUUAUCCCCCAUACGAUUAUUAUGUGCAAAUGUGAAGUGUAAGAGGAUGGCCAUUUUGUUUCCAUACUGGUCAGGUUUGUGAAAUGACGGUUACAAACACUGUCGUCACUGAUGAUGUGGGAGUAGGUUCGUACAAAUCUUUCACACGUCAGGCAUUUAUUUGCACAGCUGUACUAUGUAGCUUGAACUAAGUACGUAAUCUUUAAAAUCUACUACUCUUCGAUUUGGUUUAUUCAAAUUGACAGUUUGGGUAGAUUUCAUUGUAAGCCCAUACAUGGGGCUGCUUUUUUUGUCCGUGAUGGGCACCAAAUUAUCUGGGGUAUGCAAUGUAUUUUCAGCAAAGGCAGAAUUCUUCAGACCUUCUUCAGAAGUCAACUAAGACCCCUUACCGAACCUUAUAUAUCCAAGUCCAUCUGGGAUUUUU